AUGCAGAAAGACAAAGAAGCCGAGUUUGAUCGCAUCAAGCUCCGUGAGUGGAAACGCAUCAAGGAAGAACGCGAGACGCUAGCCAAGAACCAUGCUGCUGAGAUGGAGGAGAGCAAGCGUCGCUAUGAAGCCCACGACGAGGAAAUGGACCGUAUCCGGGAACAAACUGAGGAGUUGCGUCGCAACCAUGCCGCCAAGAUGCAUGAGAUCGAUCGCAACCAUGCCGCCAAGAUGGAGGAGAACGAUCGCAACAAUGCAGCCAAGAUGGAGGAGAUCGAUCGCAACAAAAUGCCGCCGAGAUGGCGUGUAUCAUCGCGGCACAAGUCCAGGAGAACAACGCAGCCGUCCAGGAGCUUAAUCAUGGGGGAAACCCUCAAGCCUUAA